AUGUCUAGUGCUAGUACUGCCGCCAUUUUCCUCCUUCUGGCCAUAGCAGCCACCACUACCUUUUGCCAUCAAGAAUUGGAGAAAUCAGAAAACUUCCGAACCCAAACUGAUCAAGCUAGUGAAGCUCUAGCUUUCAAUGUGAAGUCCGUUUGCAUUUCAGGAAAACCUAACGGGAAACUUCUGACAUCAUGGAAUCCAGCAAAUUCGAAGGCGGACUACGUGGUGGCACAGGAUGGCUCUGGUACACACAAAACAAUCAAUGAUGCCCUUGCUGCACUUGACAAAACUGGUGGUAACCGGAGAAACCAAAGGGUGAUAGUCUACGUUAAAGCAGGGGUAUACAAUGAGAAAGUGGUAAUUAAGAAAAACAUGGAAAAAUUGAUGUUUGUGGGCGAUGGCAUUGAUAGAACCAUUGUCACAGGCAACAGAAAUGCUAAACGCGAUGGAUAUGCCACGCACGAGACAGCUACAUUCGGUGUACAUGCAGAUGGGUUUUGGGCUAGAGACAUGACAUUUGAAAACACAGCAGGCCCCGACGGACGGCAAGCAGUGGCACUAAUGGUGAGUUCAGAGCAGUCGGUUGUUUAUCGUUGUAGCUUCAAGGGUUACCAAAACACACUCUAUGUACGAUCCAAAAGGCAAUUUUAUCGCGACUGCCAUAUAUAUGGCACUAUCGAUUUCAUAUUUGGCAAUGCUGCCGUGGUUUUGCAAAAUUGCGACAUCUUCGUAAGAAAACCAAAUGAAAACCAAAAGAACGUGAUAGUUGCACAGGGAAGAAAAAGCCCUGAUGAAAACACAGGGAUUUCUAUUCAAGGAUCGCGUAUUAGGCCGGCCCCGGAUUUUAUUGGUGUCAAAAACAUCCCUACUUUCCUAGGCAGGCCAUGGAGAAAGUAUUCCAGGACAGUGAUUUUUGAGACGGACAUUGAUGGCUUUAUUGAUCCAGCAGGGUGGUUGCCAUGGGACGGCAGUGUUCAUCUUAAUACAUUGUUUUAUGCAGAGUAUAACAACAUAGGCUGUGGUGCAUCUACAGAACACAGGGCAAAAUGGCCAGGCUUUCACGUGUUUAAAAGUUGGAAGGAGGCUAGCCCUUUUACCGUGAAUAAGUUCAUAAAGGGGAGCUCAUGGAUUUCUCAGACAGGCGUGUCCUAUAAGUUGAGAGUCUAAAGGCCUCUCUUUUCGUCUUAGUAAUGUGGAGUUCGCCAUAAUAGUGGUUUCAAUUAGCAUCAAAAGUGUCCUGUAAAAUAAAUGGUAUUUUUAUAAUGGUGAAAGCACAAGUUC